AUGUCAGAUUCAGAUUCAACUUUACCAGCCACAGAUGACUUUGGGUCAAGAUUCUUAGAAUUUGAUGAAUACUCUUUCGAGCAGACUGAUAAUACAGAAAGUGAUGCUUUUUCUGCGUUUCUACAUCAAUUUCGCCCCGUUGCCGAACAAAAGGUUUCGUUUCUCGAUGAGCGGUUGCUUGCAACAACUAGCGGACGUAAGAAAUACAUAAACCUUACUCUUGAAGAUGACCAGGAUUCUAAUACCAGUGACAAUUUGAAGGCCGGGGCUAGCUCUGGCAACAAUUCUGAAGAUGAUGAAAUGGAAUAUAAACCUCCAAAGUUGUUAACUGCACGACAGAUAAGUUUACAAUCACAGAAAACUGCUGUCCCAACUGAUAUUAAGAACAUGAAGCAGUCUACAGCUCAUUCCAGACUAAUUAGUCUAGAAUCCUUGAAUUCAACUAAACCAACUCCAACUUUAACACCGGAACAAAUUGCCGUCCGGCAAAAAAGAAUAGCUCACCGCAGAGAAUCAGCUAAGCACAAAGCGGAAAUGGAAAAGCUCCAAACAGUGGAACGUUUGCUCAAGAUUAAUGCAAAUGUUAUUGGGCGACGUGGUCGAGGUAGAGGUAGAGGUCUUCGGAAUAAUGGUUUGGCGCACUGUGAUCAGAUCUCAUCUCAAACGCGUUCACAGUUUGAUGUUUUAAAGUAUGAGGGGGGUUUAGUUGAAAAGGAGUAUCUCAAUGACACGCAUGCUUCAUCACGACCCAGCGAAGGUAAUUGCAUGAAUACCGAUUUUGUGGACAAUGCUUAUGAAAAUACGAAAUUGUCUGAUAAUAACAUGUCUGCUAGUUUGCCAAAUGUUCAAUCAUAUAAUCCCAAACCAGGAUACAUCCGCUUUGUAUCUUCAUCUCGUUUAUCAACACAAACAAUCAUCUGUUUACCUGAGACAGAUAAUAAUAGUGACAAGGAUAUUUAUUUGCACACAAAUAUUUGCAUACAAAAAGUCGAAGCUCCUGAAAUACCUAAAUCACGUCUAUGCGACAUGGGUUGCGGUUGUGCUAGGCGCUAUGAAUGUGCUAAAACAGGCCGCUCCUUAUGUAGUUUAUCCUGUUAUAAAGCUAAUUUGUCAGGAUUCCCAUUAACUAUCUCAACUUAA